AUGGGGAGCGCUGCGUCCACCGAUGCCAAGAAGGAGCUCGAGGGCAAGAGCGUCGAGGAGAUCGCCGCAGCGCUCAAGGAGCUGCCCGCUGCAGACCUCGCGAAGGUGAAGGAGGCUUUGAAUGCAGGUGCAGGACCAUGUCCCGGACCAGUGAACUGCAGCGCUGUCAAGGUGGUGGCCAAGGACUACAAGGGGCUGAUGGCGCAGCCUGCUGAGCCCAAGUUCAAGGGAGCUCUGGCGCAGAUCUUCGUGCGCAGCCAGCCAUAUGGAGGCUCUGAUAAGAGCAACAACGGUCACCGCUAUGACUCCAUCCCCUUCGCCAACGGGAUGAUCACUGCAGGCAUGAGCUGCCAGUUGAUCCACUACACACACGAGGAGCAUGACAAGUUCUUCGAAGUCUGCAAGAGCUUCAACUUCAUCAUCGUGCGCUGCAACCCAGGCCAGAUCAAGGCUGAUGGCGGAGAUCAGCAGAAGUUUGACGAUGGCAUGCGUACGAUGCGUAAAGCCGGCAUCCAG